UCCGCCGUGCUCUUCCGCUGCCGGUAGAUUGAACGUACAACUGCUUAAAAAAAAGCAGAACUACCAACGACGAUCAACAAGCAAGUAUUUAGCUUUUGUUGUGGCUCUGAACCACAACAGAUAGAACUGAAGACCCCCCGAGUCAACAGAAGAAUAUAUUGUGAUCAUUUAUUGGUGAGCCACAAUGGCUGUGAAUGUGUACGCAACGUCAGUGACCAGCGACAACUUAAGUCGACAUGAUAUGCUGGUGUGGAUCAACGAGUCUCUCCAGAUGAACCUCACAAAGAUAGAAAUGCUGUGCACAGGUGCCGUCUACUGCCAGUUUAUGGACAUGCUGUUUCCUGGCUCAAUCCCUCUGAAGAAAGUCAAAUUUGGUGCCAAGUUGGAGCAUGAAUACAUCCACAACUUCAAGCUUCUGCAAGUUGGUUUCAAAAAGAUGGGGGUUGACAAAAUUAUUCCAGUUGACAAACUGGUCAAGGGGAAGUUCCAGGACAACUUUGAGUUCGUUCAGUGGUUUAAGAAGUUCUUUGAUGCCAACUACGAUGGGAGGGAGUAUGACCCGGUGGCCAUGAGGCAAGGCCAGGAUGCCUUGACCAGUCCUCCCACAUCAGCCCUCAACAAACUCCCUAAGAAGACCCUCAAUCAAGCUACCCAGAAACCCCCAGUUGCAAAAGUUGCACCGAAAUUGGCUCCAGCUGCGACAAAGAAACCAGGGAUGGGAGGUGGCGAUGAAGAGAGGGCGGAGCUCAUUAAUGAGAUAGAGAUUCUGAAAUCCACAAUUCAGGAUAUGGAGAAGGAAAGAGACUUUUAUUUUGGUAAGCUGAGGAACAUUGAGCUGAUUUGCCAGGAGAAAGAAGGAGAGGGCGACCCCACACUGCAGAGGAUUGUCGACAUUCUCUAUGCCACAGACGACGGUUUUGUAAUACCAGAUGCCGAAGAGCAGGAAGAGUUUUAAAUCAAGACUGCGAGCAGAUUCUCAUCCGAUGUCCUGGUAUCAACCCACCUCAGAGUCCUUUUUUUUCAGGCCAAGGCGGUUUGGUUUCACACCCUGACACCAAGCCCGCUCUCUAUAAUCGACAAAGCCUUCAAAAGCCAACCCUAGCGCUGCCCUGUAAUCCGGUCCUUCCCAAAACCAGAUCUGAGUGGAUUAGAUCUGGUAUCUGUUGUGGACUCCAGUGUAAAAAGCAUAAGUGAUGUCGUGGCUGUUCUUAUGUGCGUGUGUGUGUGUUUGAUAACCUGUUUGAUGCAAAUGAAGAACCUCGUCCUCCUAAUGACAGAGCUGGUUUACCAGCCCUUUGUUCCAAACAAACCCUGAAUGUUUUGUUUCUGUCACGGUGCUGCAGCCACUCUGUGCCUCUGCUGGUGACCAUGAAGAGAAGCACAACACCCGAUCAAAUACUGAGGGACAUACCGUCUUUUUUUCUAUAUGGUCUUGUUUUUAUCAUUCAUAAAUGUUCUGAAUUGGUAACUAAAUCAGAUUAAUUAAAUAGGAGAGGUUUGUCAGACUAAUCUGAUUUGGUCCACAUGCAGACCAGGGAUGCAAAUAUAAAUGGUUUUGAUUUCCCUAAAACUUGCAUUGCUAAAACAACCACCAGAGGGCAGAAGUGAACGAGUAGUCCAGCAGUAUCUGAAGCAUCUGACAGUCAGAACAAGACAUUGAGGUUGGCAGAUAUGUAGGAUUAUCCUUAGACACAUUGUUCAGCACCUGAUAGAGCUUCACAUGGAUCCCUGGUCUGGUUUGUGUGAAGCUGGGUGGAUGUCCGGAGAGGCUGUCUGUUGCAUCGAUGCUUUAUCCUCUGUCUGCUAACCUCUGCAGUGGUUUGACUAACUGAUGCUCUGGUAGCUAGCUCUCUGUAAAACAAUCUUUUCAUCUUUAUUCUGGGACAUUGGAACGGUAUGGUCUUCUUUUGGCCUUUUACCACCUAUGAACAAUUAUUCUGUGUGAAGUGCUUCUGUCCAGUUAUUGUCCCAUUUCUGUCUUUUCCCUCCAUGUCCUCAUCUUUAGGUUCUUCUAAGAAAUCUCUUUUUUCCUCUAUAUUCACAAUCCAUUGAUUCUUACAAAAUUGUCAAAUUUCAAGCUUUUAAAAUGUGCAAUUCCCUAAUCUAGGAAAAAAGUGUCUAACCCUACCGAGCUUAUUUUGUGAUUUUUAGAAAGUGCUAAAUGCUGUUGCUGAUUACCAGUGACUGCUCAGUAAGUUCUGUUCCUGCUGAUCAGCAGAUCCAAUCCCAAUUCCCAAAUGUAGCCUUUAAGCUGGUUCUUUAGUUUUGAAUGUUACAGCUGACCUGACCAGCUGCUUGAUGAGCACUGUGAGCCUAUGAUGAUCUCAUUAGUCUGCUUUCAUUGGUCCCUCAUAUCUUUCUCCCUUUCCAUUCAUCUGGGCUGUUAGGGUUCAUUAGUCUAACCAAUUUUAAUCAGAAUUAUUGUUUGUUCUGGGUUUGGUUGGAGACUUUUUUUUUUAGACGUAUGUAACAGUGUCACAUUUUUUUUCUAAGUUAACCAAAACACUGAUGUUUAGUUCUGUUAGUGGAACGUUUUUCUCAAAGGCCUUAUUCAUAAAAAUGUUUGUCAAAAAUCUGUUUGGGUUUUAUUUCACUCUUAAUAGUCCUUUUUUUAAUAUAUAUAUAAUAGUUUGUACGUCACUGUUUUUCAUUAAAAUAGUACAGAUGUAUUUCAGGCACAUGCUCAGCCACCCGAACGCGCAGUAGUUCCUGUUUGAGUUGCAUCUAAAUUUGUGAUGCAACUGUUUUUUUUUUUUUUUAUGGAUUGUGUUUUUCUGAAUUAUCUCUGUGGUGUUAAAGCUCCAUCACUGCCAAGAGUAGAAGGAUUGGUUGCGUCCCAGGGGCCUUGGUUUUUCUCUAUUGGUACUUGCCUUCACUUAGAUCAACCCUUUUUCUUAUUUUUACCUUUCUUUUUGAGGAUUUUUUUUUUCUUGUUUACUGUCAAAAGUGGGAUUUUUUUUUUUAAAGCCCAUUUUGUAGGCCAAGUCAUGUUUUCAUGUUUUUUUUUGGAGGGUUGGGGUUUCUUUCCCUUCCCAAAAAUCCUAUUUUAUUGGAUAUUUUUUGUAGGACCAAACACUCAACCUGAAUCAGAAAAAUUUAAAAACAAAACUAGAAACAGUUUAGACUUCACUUUAAGCUCAAUAAAGGAUGUCAAUCUUAUACAAAAUGACUUUAGUUUGAUUUAUCCCAGAAAUGGUUCAGAAACUUUGUUAAAUUUAAUGAAGCUGGCAAGUCUAGACCAAACACCAUAGUGCAUCAUAAGUAGAAUUAAAUGUGGAGCCACAGUAUUUUGAUAUAGUUGCAGACUCUUAGGAGUAGUGAUUGUUCAUUUACUAAUAGUUUGAUGUUUGUAUCUCCUUUUAGGUGGGACUAGGGGUUGUAUCAUUCAUAUACUGUGAUUGCGCCUUUAAUUCUGGCCAUUUGCAAACAUGACAUGCUUUCUCUACUCAUGCUUAGCAGUAUGACACUUAACUUCAUCCAAACCCACAUUGUGACAAAUAUUAAGCUGCAUCAUGUGCCUCUAAUGCUGUCCAAAAAGCAUCUUCUCACUUUCCAAAUAGGACGAUUCAGCAGCUGCUUGAAAACAAUGUCUCUUUAGUUGCAAUGCCUCCACCCAUGCCCUGUCACGUUCCUAGUUUCUGUAGGGAUUCCAUUUCCUUUAGGGUCUGCAUUUGCACCAAAUUUCAUACAAAUCAAACCUUUCCUUUGAGGUGCUUCAGUUUUUUUUUAUCAGCGAGUGUUGUCAGUUCUUUGUGGUUUCGGAAGCACAGCACAAACGAAAUAUGCAGCUUUUUGUUUUUAUUGAAUUUUUUCCUGUAUUGCUUCUUUGCAUCUUUAGUGAUGCUUAUUACUGCAGGAUGAAAUAUUGAAGCCUUCAACAUUCUAAAAGAAUUGAUUACCCAACUUCUUAAGUAACAGUUUUUCAUGACUUAAAAACUAUUUUCUCUGGUGAAUUGAAAGCCACGGGGUUAAGUUGUAUUUAAAACGGCAAUAGUGGCUGUUUUUAAUUAGCCAUUUCUAAGCAGAGGUGCAGACAUAGUGCCAGAGUCGGUAGAACAAACCUGUCCUGCUUGUCACUGUGACUUUCUCAAGUCCUUAAAUACCUGAAACCGACAGAAGGGAGACUCGUCAGAAGUGCUCUUUGUGAUGCAAUGUUUUACACUGUGGCCUUUGUACCAAAUCAUCCAAGUGCUAAUGUGAGCUGCUCUUACUGCUGGAAAUUCUCCGAAUGUUUUCUACUUUGUCAGUUUGAGUUUUUUCUUUGUUUUGAGCUGCAUGUCGAGUUCUCCCUACUUUAAAUUGUGGUGGAUUUUUUUUUCUUUACCCAAACCUGAAAGUGCUCCUGCUUGUUGAGACUUUCUGCUCUCAUUGAUCCUUAGCUUUUAAAGCUCACAUAUAUUCCUGCUGGUGAGGACAGAUCCACAUCUUCCAAAUGCCUGUUGUAGCAGAUCAGAGUUUGGGCUUUUCAUUAAAAAUUCCUGAGCAGAAAGAAGUGGCUUUAAAGGUUUUGCUGGUACCUACCCCAGACCUUUGUGUUCUCAACAAUCAGAGCUGAUUAGUUGUUUUACACUGUGAGCCCAGGGCCACCUGACUUCUUCCCUCUCCUUUGCAUCAGGCCUCUCUCUGAUGAUAAUUGUUAAUCUCUGCUGAAGUUGGAUCUUUUAAAAAUGCUUUUUGUACAAAUAAUAAAACAGUAUUUCAUUGUCAAA